UUGAAUUAUUAGAAUUCACCUUAUAUUUAAAUUAAAAAUUCAGAAUAAAUAAUUCUUGCUAUUGGUUCCAAAGUGCUAUUGGUAAAUAAUAUUAUAUUAUCAAAGUGUUUAAUAAUCUUUAUAAUACUUACUCAAUACUUUGUUAAAUUUUGUCAUAACCUUGACACUCAUAUUGUCAUUUAUAAAUAUAAUAUUGAAAAGUUGUUAAAAUUAACGAUAUAUUGAUAAAAAGGAAAAUAAUAAAGAAAUGGCUACAAUUAUGAUGCUAUCAAGAUGUACAAUUGUACCAGCUACAAAAAAACACACUGCUACUUUAUUUUUCUUUCAUGGUUCUGGAGAUACUGGAGAAAAUGUGAAGACAUGGAUUGAUGCAAUACUCGGAAAAGAAUUAAAGUUCCCUCAUAUAAAAAUAAUUUAUCCUACUGCACCUGCUCAACCUUAUACGCCAAAUAAUGGAAUGCUUAGCAAUGUAUGGUUUAAUCGUAAAAAUAUUUCAAAUAAAGUUUCUGAAGAAGAAGAUUCCAUCACAUCAAUUUGUCAUAACGUGAUGAAGUUAAUAGAUGAAGAACAUUUUAAUGGAAUCCCAUAUAAUAGAAUAAUUGUUGCUGGUUUUUCAAUGGGUGGAUCAUUGGCAUUAUAUUUAGCAUAUAAAUUUAAUUUAUCGUUAGGUGGUUGUGCUACAAUAUCAUCAUUUCUUAAUAGAAAUUCAAUGGUAUAUCAGCAUUUAGAAAAUAAUAAACCAACUAAUCUACCACCACUUUUACAAUUUCAUGGUUCUUCGGAUAUAUUAGUCCCAAUUCAAUGGGGGAAUGAAACUUAUACCAAUCUUAACAAAUUUGUUAAAAAUGCAGCAUUUGUUGCAGUACCAACAGCAAAGCAUGAAAUAAAUAAGGCAGAAAUUCUACAUUUUGAAUUUUGGCUUAAUGGUAUUCUAGCAGAAUAAUUAUUGUAUCAUAAAAAACUAUUUAACAAAAAUAUAUAACUUAAAGAAAUAAAUAAU